GGCGGACCCAAGCGCACCCCGCUAACCAAGAGGGUCGCCGCUCCCCAGGAUGGAGCCCCCAGAGUCCCUACCUCAGAGACUUCUCCUGGGCCCUCCCCAAUGGGGCCUCCACCUCCUUCAAGUACAGCUUCUAGGCCCCCAGCUGUGGGGAGCUGUCCUGCCUCCACUGUGGAUCCCAUAGAUUUUCCAGUCAUUGAGUGUGAGACUCUGUUGGAAGAUGUGCUGAGACCUUUGGAACAGGCAUUGGAUGAUUGUCGUGGCCACAUGAAGAAGCAGGUAUGUGAUGACAUCAGCCGACGCCUGGCUCUGCUGCAAGAACAGUGGGCUGGAGGGAAGCUGUCAACGCCUGUAAAGAAGAGGAUGGCUCUGCUGGUGCAAGAGCUUUCAAGCCACCAGUGGGAUGCAGCAGAUGACAUCCACCGCUCACUCAUGGUUGACCAUGUGACUGAAGUCAGUCAGUGGAUGGUGGGAGUUAAAAGAUUAAUUGCAGAAAAGAGGAGUCUGUCCUUAGAGGAGGAGGCUAAUGAAGAGAAAGCUGCAGCCACAUCUGAGAACCAGACCGUACCAGAACAGGAUCCAUAAUCCUAUGGGUUCCCCAGACUCACCUCACACCAUCUCCUAUGCCUUGGCAUGGGAGGCCUUGUCUCACUUGGCUCCCUCUUAGCACUUGGGAGACUGUCUGCCCUGUUGGGUUCCUUGGCCUGACCCACCUCUGGGGGAAGAGGUCCCAUCUAGACCACAGGGUGGUCACUUGUCUUCUCUAACAUAUGUUUCAAUAAAAACAUCCCAAUGUGGCCCCUGGUUAGGAGAUAAACCCUUCUUAUGCCAAACUGAUCACUUCUGGCUCGCUCUGCACCCUGCAAACUUCUGUUCUUCCUCCAUUCAUCAUGAAUGACCUUACUAGGCAUGAUCAGAUUACUGUCUGCCACUUUUUCCCAAAUCGGAACUAAAUGCAUAUCCCUUGCUGGGCUGAGUAA